UCCCCACAUGUUGUAUAACCCACGACUACCAUCUUCAAUCUUAUUCUCCCUCCACAACUUUGUUUUGUUUUCUAUAAUUCUAUGUGCUCUUUUUUCAUUGAAUUCUCCCGAAUAUAAAUCUUCCGUACCACGACAUAAUCUCUCGUUCCUAAUCAUGAUUCCAACACUUGUUUGUCUUGUCACAACAUUAUUCAAAAGCAAUUUCUCUUGGUCUCUCAUCACUCUAUUCCUCUCCACUUCACUAGCCCUUCUUGCUAUCUCCCUUAACUACUGGCUUGUCCCCGGAGGUUUCGCAUGGAGGAAAUAUCACAACCGUUACAAACACCAUGCAAAACUCCCCGGCCCAAUCGGGUGGCCCAUAUUAGGAACUCUUCCUGAAAUGGGUCCUUUGGCCCAUAGAAAACUGGCUAACAUGGCCACCUCACUAAACGCAAAAAGGCUCAUGGCGCUAAGUUUGGGUACAAACCCGGUUGUUAUCAGCAGUCACCCAGAGACCGCAAGAGAAAUUCUCUGUGGGCCGGGGUUUUCGGACCGGCCCAUUAAAGAAUCGGCCCGAAUGCUAAUGUUCGAGCGUGCCAUUGGAUUUGCUCCAUAUGGGACCUAUUGGCGCCACCUUCGUAGGGUGGCCACCACACACAUGUUCUCUCCGAGGAGAAUUUCCGACAUGGAGCAUCUCCGACAACAUGUGAUUGACGAAAUGGUUACGAGGACGUGGAAGGAGAUGGAGAACAAAGGGGUGGUGGAGGUUCGAAGCAUUUUGCACGAAGGGUCUUUGAGCAACAUGUUGGAAAGUGUGUUUGGUGUUAAUAACUCUCUUAGCUCAAAAACAAAGGAGGUGUUGGGUGACAUGAUUAAGGAAGGGUAUGACUUGAUUGCUAAGUUUAACUGGGAAGAUUAUUUUCCCUUCAGGUUUUUGGACUUUCAUGGAGUCAAUAGAAGGUGUCACAAAUUGGCAAGUAAGGUCAAUAGUGUGGUGGGUCAAAUUAUAGAAGAGAGAAAAAAGUAUGGAGAGUUCGUUGGACAAAAUGAUUUUCUUAGCACUUUGUUGUUUAUGCCUGAAGAUGAACAGAUUGGUGAAUCAGAUGUAGUGGCUAUCUUGUGGGAAAUGAUAUUUAGGGGAACGGAUACUGUUUCUAUACUUUUGGAAUGGAUUAUGGCCAUGAUGGUGUUACACCAAGACGUGCAGAAGAAAGCCCGCGAAGAGAUCGACACGUGCAUAAACCAAAACGGUCACGUGCGAGACUCGGACAUUCCGAACCUGCCUUACCUCCAAGCCAUAGUGAAGGAGGUUCUCCGGUUGCACCCGCCAGGCCCAUUGCUUUCAUGGGCCCGUCUCGCAAUCCAUGACGUCCAUGUGGACAAGGUUGUCAUUCCAGCUGGCACAACCGCAAUGGUUAACAUGUGGGCCAUAUCACACGACGCAUCUAUUUGGGAGGAUCCAUGGGCCUUCAAGCCCGAACGGUUUUUAAAAGAUGAUAUAUCAAUCAUGGGCUCGGACAUGAGACUGGCACCGUUCGGUGCCGGACGUAGGGUGUGCCCAGGAAAAACGUUGGGCUUAGCUACUGUUCAUCUUUGCCUUGCACAGCUUCUUCGCCAUUUUAUAUGGGCUCCGGUGCAGCCCGUGGAUCUUUCAGAAUGUCUCAAACUUUCCCUAGAAAUGAAAAAGCCUUUACGAUGCCAAGUGAUUCGCAGGUACAACACCAAAAGCUCUUGAACUCAAUAGGUAAGUGAAUAAUGUGGAAUAAAGGAUGUCAUCGUCGUUCAUAUGUAACUUUUGGAAUAAAAAAGUAUUUGAUUGAUGUGGAAUUGAAAUUUAUGUAAUGUUGCAAAAAAAAAAAAAAUUUGAUAACUACUUGGUGCGAGUUGAAUUCAAGGUGGUCCAAGAUGGGCUAAUUAGUGAACUAAUUAAUAU